AUGGAUGUGGUUUCGAAGGAGUGCGAUGAGAUGAGAGGAGGUAUAGAGGGCAGCGCGCGAUGCAGCAGCGGCAGCCGGAUCAUAAUGAGUGUCUGGUGCAGCGUGCCCUCAGAUGCCCCUCCCAGAGAGCCAGCCGCGCUGCUGCAUACAGGAACAGCCAGGGAGAUGCUAGCAACUAGCCUUUAGCCUAGCGCACACACGAUGCAGUACCAAGCUAGCUGCUAAGACAAAGAGAUAUCUAAAAAAAAUGACGAGAGCUUUAUAUAGGCUUUAAGGUACUGAGAGGAUCACACUGCUCUCACUUUACAGAAGGCAGAAUGAUAAUGUAACCAUUUCACUCGAAUGCAAAACAGUUUUAAAGAUGAGUAUUUACUUUUCUCUGGGUGGCCUCCUAGGGGAUUUUAAGUGCUUGUUGUUUGUCCAGGGAGAGUAGGCUCUGGAAGGGCCUGGUUCUUGUGUAAUCAUCUUGUUUUGGAGCUUUGUAUAGCAGGGGUCGAUGACUCAUACUGACUCUGAGGUCAUUCCGGACUGCGGUUUGGUGUUCUAUGCUAAACAUUCACACAUCUCUACUUAUGCAUACGUGCCCACCCACCCACCUUUUAAGUGAUUCUCACAUACAGAGAGGACUGGCCAAAUGCACUCCAUCUUGGGUUUGAAAUUCAGUGUGUCACUGUUGUAGUGUGUGAAUGCCUGUGUGUUUACAUUGUGUUUGUUUGCGUGUGUGUGCGUGGUCUCAGAUGUUGCUGAGAGUAGGCUGGGUUGGUUGCGUAUGUGUUUGCAUAAAGAGUCACUCUGUAGUGUGAUGUUCUGAUUUACAGAGCAGGGGAGACAGAGUGUAUGAAAAUUAAAUAGAGAGUGUACAUAGUAUAAAUGACUGCUUUGUCAGGUUACUGGAAAUGGUGGAGUGUGCUCACACACACGCUCAGGCACACACACACACACACACACACACACACACACACACACACACACACACACACACACACACACACACACACACACACACACACAGACACACUCUCAGUCCUGUGGUUCGUGUGACUCAUGCAAGAUGGGGUCCAUCACCAGGCAUGACUCAUCAAGGCUGAUCAGCUUUUUCUGCUAGAUACUUGACACAUGAACAAGUACACACUCAGCUGCAGCGGAGGGAAAGUGAUAAGAGUUGAUUUUAGUAUGGAAACUGUGAGAAGAUGGAUAUAAGAUUAGAGAGGUGAAGAGAAAGAUGGAAAUAUAAUGUGAUUUAAUGUUUGAAUAUCCAAUAUAGUUUAUAUCACUAAAAAUAAACCUGUAACACUCCUAUCUUUCCUAUUUGCUUCCAAUAAUUCACAGACAGGCAUGACGCAUUACAUUGACAUUUACGUCAUUUAGCAGACGCUCUUAUCCAGAGCGACUUACAUUAUUAUUAUUUUUUUCAUACCCCCUGUGGGAAUCGAACCCACAACCCUGGCGUUGCAAACGCCAUGCUCUAUCAACUGAGCUACAUCCCUGCCGGCCAUUCCCUCCCCUACCCUGGACGACGCUGGGCCAAUUGCGUGCCGCCCCAUGGGUCUCCCGGUCACGGCCGGCUACGACAGAGCCUGCAUUACUUCAUGAACUUAUGUCAAUGUCAGCUCAGCUGGUUAGUCAGGCCCGAGACAGGCAGCUUACUGCAGGUCCACAGAGAGGCAUAGAACCCAAUGUCCCUGUAUCGAUCCCUGGACAGGCUCCGUCUGUCCUUAGCUCAGCCUUACUGACUCAUCCAGAAAUACACAGGCCAGCUGAGCACACAGAGUUCACCUCAGUCCAACAUAUUUAUCACUGUCUGAUCGGCACAGAAUUUGCCAGCACAUCAUAGCACUGCUCACAUCAGCCCAGUCCAGUAUAACCCACACAGGCCCACUUCAGCUAAACUCAGCCUGGCAAAUCCCCAGCCCUGUAUUUGUAUUUAUUAUGGAUCCCCAUUAGCUGCUGCCACCUGGGGUCCAGCAAAAUUAAGGCAGUUUAUACCAUUUUAAAAACAUUACAAUACAUUCACAGAUUUCACAAAACACUGUGUGCCCUCAGGCCCCUACUCCACCACUACCACAUAUCUACAGUACAAAAUCCAUGUGUAUGUGUGUGUAUAGUGCGUAUGUUAUCGUGUGUGUGCAUGCAUGUGUCUGCACCUAUGUUUGUAUUGCUUCACAGUCCCCGCUGUUCCAUAAGGUGUAUUUUUAUCUGUUUUUUAAAUCUAAUUUUACUGCUUGUAUCAGUUACUUGAUGUGGAAUAGAGUUCCAUGUAGUCAUGGCUCUAUGUAGUACUCUGCUCCUCCCAUAGUCUGUUCUGGACUUGGGGACUAUGAAGAGACCUCUGGUGGCAUGUCUUGUGGGGUAUGCAUGGGUGUCUGAGCUGUGCGCCAGUAGUACAAACAGACAGCUCAGUGCAUUCAACAUGUCAAUACCUGUCAUAAAUACAAGUAGUGAUGAAGUCAAUCUCUCCUCCACUUUGAGCCAGGAGAGAUUGACAUGCAUAUUAUUAAUAUUAGCUCUCUGUGUACAUCCAAGGGCCAGCUGUGCUGCCCUGUUCUGAGCCAAUUGCAAUUUUCCUAAGUCCCUUUUUGUGGCACCUGACCACACGACAGUGUAGUCCAGGUGCGACAAAACUAGGGCCUGUAGGACCUGCCUUGUUAAUAGUGCCGUUAAGAAGGUAGAGCAGCGCUUUAUUAUGGACAGACUUCUCCCCAUCUUAGCUACUGUUGUAUCAAUAUGUUUUGACCAUGACAGUUUACAAUCCAGGGUUACUCCAAGCAGUUUAGUCACCUCAACUUGCUCAAUUUCCACAUUAUUUAUUACCUUUAGUUGAGGUUUAGGGUUUAGUGAAUGAUUUGUCCCAAAUACAAUGCUUUUAGUUUUAGAAAUAUUUAGGACUAACUUAUUCCUUACCACCCACUCUGAAACUAACUGCAGCUCUUUGUUAAGUGUUGCAGUCAUUUCAGUCGCAACCUAUCCCAGUGCUAGUUAGCCUAGCACUACACUGAUGCUCUCCCCUCUCCCCUGUCUGUCUGUGUGUCUGUCUCUUCAGAAUCAGGCCCUGUGUUUGUUCAGCCUUAUCUCCCUCCUGCCUCUGUCCUUCAUGCCUCUUAUCUGCUGGCAGUAUGCUAUGCCUGCGUGCUCGGCCCUUUAUUUUUCUUCUUUCCAGGAACAGCCUGUUCUCUCUCUCUGGCCUUCAUCUUGGCAGGCAGGCAUGCGGGCAGAGACAUGAGACAGGAGGCAACGAUAUUAGGGCAUUAAUGUUGGUGCCAGUGGUGCCCAUUAGAUUGGCAUAGAGGCGCUGAGAGAUUGAAGAGAGAUUGAAGAAGGCUGAUAUGAUCGCGACACGUCGGGUCAUGCUGUUGUCAUGCUGUUUGACUGACUCGGGGCUGGGAGCAACAGGAGAGGAGAGUGACUGGGAUGCCGUUGUUGGUGACGACUUUUGUGACAUUCAUAUGCCGGUUUGACUGACUCACAGUUCUGGUUGACUACUGGCUUAGAACUGAACUAGCUCUGGUUUAGAACUGUCUCAUCUCUAUGUGAACGCUGGUGUACAAUAAUUUCGUUUUCAUCUUUGUGUGUGUGUGUGUGUGUGUGUGUGUGUGUGUGUGUGUGUGUGUGUGUGUGUGUGUGUGUGUGUGUGUGUGUGUGUGCAUGCGUCCACUUAUGUGUGUGUGUGUGUAUAUAUCCUCCAGGCUAGGGCUGUGCUAUGGCACGGUACAUGUUAAUUGUGGUUAAGUAGGGUCAUUAAGACUGCGAAAGUUGCACAUGCUCCCAGGCCAAGAAAGACCACUUAUAAAAUACUACAUGCAUACAUACAGUGGGCUGCAAUCUUCAACACCAGGGUCAGUGCAAGCAUCAAACAUCAAUUGGCUGUAUAUCUACCACUAAGCAUCAAACAUCUAUUGGCUGUAUAUCUACCACUAAGCAUCAAACAUCUAUUGGCUGUAUAUCUACCACUAAGCAUCAAACAUCUAUUGGCUGUAUAUCUAGCACUAAGCAUCAAACAUCUAUUGGCUGUAUAUCUACCACUAAGCAUCAAACAUCUAUUGGCUGUAUAUCUAGCACUAAGCAUCAAACAUCUAUUGGCUGUAUAUCUACUACUAAGCAUCAAACAUCUAUUGGCUGUAUAUCUACCACUAAGCAUCAAACAUCUAUUGGCUGUAUAUCUACCACUAAGCAUCAAACAUCUAUUGGCUGUAUAUCUACCACUAAGCAUCAAACAUCUAUUGGCUAUAUAUCUACUUCUAUAGUGCUUUUCCCUUUUGUUCCGUUGACAUUUUUGUGAGGGUAAUGAGCGAGGUUAGAGGACGCAAGGUUAGAGGAUGCGACUAUUAGCGACUAAAACAUUUUGGAAGCCCACUGGAAGUGCUUGACAACAUAUAAAUGUUCACCAGCAUUUCUCUGUGCCCUGACACUGAUUGCUUAGCAACAGAGCAGUGUGAAUGGAGACGGUGUGAUUUCCAUCUUAGUCCCAGAUAAAGAGCUCUUCCACAGUGAAAGUCAGGAUCAACGCAAAUGCCUUAGUAAGGUGGUGUUGACAUCACAUUUCCCAGAAGCAGCCUGGCCCACUAGGGGGUCACCCCCCCCCCCCCCCCCCCCCCCCCACCCACCCAUCUGUCAAAACACAAUACAUAACAUUAGAGCAGCCAGCCCUAUUUUGAGUGUUCUUAAAAAACUACUGUACUGAUUAUACUGUAUAUGUUCACUUGCCAAAUCCGUAAUCAAGUCUUACUUACAGUCCAUGUCCUGUGUGUUAUACACAACAAUGUUAUCAGUUGAAUUAUGUAGCCACGUUCAACAAUCCCAGUACAGUAAAUCACAUCUGGAUUACAGUAAUAUGUCUGUCCUCUACACAGAUGAGCUCUAGCCUGGCUCAUGUGUGUGUGUGUGUGUGUGUGUGUAGGACUUACUGUUAGUUCCCUUCAGUUGGGGCUGGAGUCAGAGGUUAAUGAACACACACAGCAUGGGAGCGCCGCGCAGUAAUGAGGCGAGACAAUGGUGGCUGGCAGGCUGGCCAGAGAGUCACACAGGCAGAAGGGAACACUUGUACUUCGGCCUGUAUCACUCUUCCAUAAUGAGACUGAGCCAGAUUUUAUGGUUUGACUACAGAUGGGUGUAUUUGGGUGUCAUUCUUUUUGUGUAUUUGACACAGCUGCUUUUCACCAGUCAGUAUGCAAAAGGCUGACCGGCACUGUAAUGGAGUCAGUGGAUUUGAACAUGAAGGACUUUGUCGUCACUUUGUAUUGAAGCUUCUGAGCUUGACACUGAAAGAUACUAUCUUCUCUCCCUGCUCACUCCUCAUUCCUUGCUGAUAACUGAGCCAAAACUUGUGUAACCGAGCCUAGCUGGAGUGAAAGAGGAAGUCAGCCCUCCGCUCUUCACCAGUGUUUACUCCUCCCCCUGUACUCUGGGAUGGGCUGGGAGAGAAAGGAGAAGGAGCAAUGGAGGGAGGAGAGGGAGGGUAAAGACGGAGAGAACAGAAGGAGAAAUAAUGACAUCAUUAUGAAGAGAAAAAUGAAAGAGAAAACAAAGGGAGACAGAGAGAAAAGACAGUGGAAGAGUGAGAAAAGAGGGGCAGAGUAAAAUGAAGGGAGAAAAGGUUCUUGUUCAGAGUCGGUGAGGGGAUGAAGUGUAUUGUACUCUCCAGGGUCUGAUAAGUCCUGACCUGAAUCGUGAUAAAGUAUCAGUGCCCUGACAGAACACACAGUCACCGGGACCCUGAUGGCUCACAUUCUCACAUUCCUGCCCUCUCUCUUUCACACACACACACACACACACACCAAACCUGACCCAAACAACCUCCCCAGCAGAGAUACAAAGGCUAGGGGCCCGAUUCCGACUUGAGUUAAGCACAAGUAAAUGGAACGUAAUUCAAUUUUUAUGCACUUCUCUAUGCAUAUUUUGACCUUGAACUUAAGCAUGAGAAUAGCGUGCUAUUCACCUGCUAUUCGUUUUGGGUGGAGAUUGAAUAAAUUAAGGUGUGUCUACAGAUACGCCGUAUUCCCUAAUAAUUACACCACCUUUACACACGAGGAAACCAUUAAUAAGUUCUAGCGAACCUGCCGGUUCCAAGUGGAAAAAUAAUCUACUAAAUGUUGUUCUGAUAGAAAUAACACUGUUCUCCAUGCACUGUAAUUUACAACGAUAAGAGCUAUUGAUAAGAGCUAGGUAAAAGAGUAAUCCAUUUGGAUAAGGGAAUUGUAAAUAUAAAUGACACUUGUUUUAGAUAUAUUUUACCUUUUAAUCACUGGAGACAAAUGUGAAUCCAGUCAUAUGGCAGAUAAACUGAAGCAUAUUAACCUAUCAACUUUUCCACAGUAAAGUUUAGGAAAUGCUGUGCCAAUAUGCAGAAUUUAAAUUGUACGGCCUUUUAACUUACAGGGAUGGGCACUCUCGAAUAUCUUAAUUAUAGGCUACCCUGACUUUCUCUGUUUACUAUUUCUAUCAUGGUAAAUAUUACCCACUAUCAGUAUCGACCGCCAGGAGACCUAAUAACAACACAUAUUCAACUGCCAAUUUACUGUUAGUUCCCUUCAGUUGGUAAAGACUAUAUUAUCAUUCCAUUUAAUUACAUUGUUUAGUUUACAUUAAUUUGGUUCCUCUGCAAACUGACGGCCAUGUGGUUGUUGCUGAGGAUCAUUAGUAACAGUUGAUAAUAUUUUUUAAAAGACACGUAGGCUAAUUAAAUCGUUAUGGAGCGGAGUGAACCCGACGCAUGGCGCAUCAUCACACAGUUUCAUGGUUAGUGCAGGCAAUAGACAAGGGUACAGCCUACUAUUGUGCACUAUUCUCCCUAUUAUAAUUAUAUUUACACUAAUAUUCCAUCGUUACCAUGGGUUAAAGAACUGAAUGUGGCAAUUUUCAGAAUGAAUCAAACCACUGUUUUCUUUGUUUUGUGCAUAAUGGCUCUCCAAACCUGUUUUUUAUGAUUCAUAAAUACUUUCCUAACCCUAAAAAAUCUACAAGAUCAGAGUAUUUUUUCAUCUACCAAUUGGUGCUGAAACUGAGACGAAUAUGCAUAUAUUUAGAUGGCUUUCUUUCAUUGAUCCCUAAUAUUCGGAACCCUUUCUCUCUAAAUAUUCUAUUGAGUCUGUCAACAAAAUUCUAACUAAAAGGUACACCGUAUUUAAAGUGCAUUCGGAAAGUAUUCAGACCCCUUGACAUUUUCCACAUUUUGUUACGUUACAGCCUUAUUCUAAUUUUUUUAAUUUUUUUAUAAUCCUCAUCAAACUACACACAAUACCCCAUAAUGACAAAGCAAAAACUGGUUUUUAGAUUUUUUUGUAAGUGAUAAAAAAUAAAAAACUGAAAUAUCACAUUUACAUAAGUAUUCAGACCCUUUACUCAGUACUUUGUUGAAGCACCUUCGGCAGCGAUUACAGCCGCGAGUCUUCUUGGGUAUGACACUACAACCUUGGCACACCUGUAUUUGGGGAGUUUCUCCCAUUCUUCUCUGCAGAUCCUCUCAAGCUCUGUCAGGUUGGAUGGGGAGCGUCGCUGCACAGCUAUUUUCAGGUCUCUCCAGAGAUGUUCGAUCGGGUUCAAGUCCGGGCUCUGGCUGGGCCACUCAAGGACAUUCAGAGACUUGUCCCGAAGCUAAUCUUGUGUUGUCUUGGCUGUAUGCUUAGGGUCGUUGUCCUGUUGGAAGGUGAACCUUCGCCUUCCUGAGCGCUCUGGGGCAGGUUUUCAUCAAGGAUCUCUCUGUACUUUGCUCCGUUCACGUUUGCCUCGAUCCUGACUGGUCUGCCAGUCCCUGUCGCUGAAAAACAUCCCCACAGCAUGAUGCUACCACCACCAUGCUUCACCGUAGGGAUGGUGUCAGGAUUCCUCCAGACAUGACGCUUGGCAUUCAAGCCAAAGAGUUCAAUCUUGGUUUCAUCAGACCAGAGAAUCUUGUUUCUCAUGGUCUGAGAGUCCAUUAGGUGCCUUUUGGCAAACUCCAAGCGGGCUGUCAUGUGCCUUUUACUGAGGAGUGGCUUCCGUCUGGCCACUCUACCAUAAAGGCCUGAUUGGUGGAGUGCUGCAGAGAUGGUUGUCCUUCUGGAAGGUUCUCCCAUCUCCACAGAGGAACUCUAUAGCUCUGUCAGAGUGACCAUCGUGUUCUUGGUCACCUCCCUGACCAAGGCCCUUCUCCCCUGAUUGCUCCGUUUGGCUGGGCGGCCAGCUCUAGGAAGAGUCUUGGUGGUUCCAAACUUCUUCCAUUUAAGAAUGAUGGAGGCCACUGUGUUCUCGGGGAUCUUCAAUGCUGCAGAAAUGUUUUGGUACCCUUCCCCAGAUCUGUGCCUCGACACAAUCCUGUCUCGGAGCUCUACGGACAAUUCCUUCGACCUCAUGGCUUGGGUUUUACUCUGACAUGUACUGUCAACUGUGGGACCUUAUAUAGACAGGUGUGUGUCUUUCCAAAUCAUGUCCAAUCAAUUGAAUUUACCACAGGUGGACACCAAUCAAGUUGUAGAAACAUCUCAAGGAUGAUCAAUGGAAACAGGAUGCACCUGAGCUCAAUUUCGAGUCUCAUAGCAAAGGGUCUGAAUACUUAUGUAAAUAAGGUAUAUAUAUAUUUUUUUGACUUGAACAUGAUGUGCUAAUAUUGCUACGUUUACACAGGCAGCCCAAUUCUGAAAUUUUUUCCACUAAUGCGUCUUUUGACCAAUCACAUCAGAUCUUUUUCAGUGCUGAUCUGAUUGGUCAAAAGACAAAUUAGUGAAAAAAAGAUCAGAAAUGGGCUGCCUGUGUAAACGCAGCCUAUAUGAAAUGUGGUGUUAGUGUCAGUGACCUUUUCACAUAGUUGCGUGCAGCGGAGGAAUGUGUACUCCCAGCCCAUUCAGACACACACAUCCCUAGAGAAGCACAUGGACUAGUCUUUAACACAGCCUUGCCACCACCAAGACACAUCAUGGAGUACCACAGUAUGAGUCAUAAUCCCCAUAAAACCUAGCGGUCAAACAGGGAAAUGGUUCCAAUCGUUUUUCCACCAUUCAUUUUUCCCAUAGGAGAUUUUAGAAACACUUCAAAUAAGGGCUGUGUUCCGUGUAGGCUUACCCUGGCGUCACUAUUUGAUAACCGUGUAAAUCUCUCUCGGACAAGGUGACUUUUAUCAAUAUAUUCGCCUGUAUUCCCCCCCCAAAAAAUGAAAUGCUAAUUAGCUGCUAAUGUGGCUAUCAUAAAGCAAUCACAAAUUCCAUGAUGAUUUGGACGAGACUGCUGAAUCGAGGAUUAACUAUCUAAUGUUAGUUAAAUGUAGUCAUUAAUAAAUUGGCAACAUUUCUUUAAAUUGACAAUUCUGUGAACUGUCUUGUGCAAAUUUUGAAUUGACACAAUACCUGUUAGCAAAGGUGUCAGCUAGAGAUGACGUGCAGGAGCUUGCAGGGAUUUGUAGUUUUGCAUGAUGUCUACUUUGAUGCUAAUUAGCAUUUUCGAAUCUGAGAGUAAAUAGAGCCGAAUAUACUGAUAAAAGUCACCUUGUCUGAGAGAGAUUUACAUGGUUAUCAAAAUGUCAUGACACGAAACACAAACCUUAUUUUAAGUGUUUAUAAAAUCCCCUAUGGGAAAAAUGAAUGGUGGAAAAACGAUUGGAAUCAUUUCCCUGUUUGGCCGUUAGGUUUCCAGGGCUUCUGAAUCAAGUGCACCUACCGCCAACAGCGCAACACAAAAAAAAAAUGUGCAAGCUUUCUACAGAAAUGUUUGGUGCUCGACUAGGAAUGCUUUGAAGAUCGACCAGUUGAUCGCGAUCGACCGAUUUGUGACCAUUGAUGUAGAAUAAACAACCCUUUACAUAAUACCAUAGAAGCAGUGUUCUGCUAAUAUAAUAAUGUGCAGGCGAAAUAAACACACACCUGUUUAGGCGAGGUGCUGGCUAACGGAGUAGAACACUUGAAAAAGAAAAGGAGAGCUGCACACUCUAGGAGCUCAGAUGCAAUAAUAUAACAAUGUGCACCUUUCAUUGUCAUUCCCAACCGAUACAGAUACUGGUGGUGGUAAUGGGGCAAACAUGUCAGAAUGGUCAUACCUUCCUGUGUCCCGUAUACAACAGGAGUUCCCUGUCUACUAAAAUGUUAAUACUGAGUGCCAGGUCUCUCUCCAUUCAGAGACAUCAGUAUCAAGCCCAUCUGUCAGUCUGGACUUCAUCACAUCAUCUUGCAAGUUUCCAUGUGCUGGCUCCACACAUGUUUCUGUAAACACAUACACACAUAGUCACUGUUCAGUUAUGCCUCAUGAUGGCAUGUCCUUUUCAUUGGAGUCAAGGGAGACUGGCAAGGGUACUUGUGUCGCAAUACACACUUUUAUUCUGAGGUCUUACCUGACAAGCUGUGAAAAUGGCAAAUGAACAGUGAAUGAAAUUAUUUUUGGAGGUCGCUAAACCAUUGCAAUCACAUUGCUGGACAUGUUAUGAAAUUCAGCUUUGCUCCUUCUGGUAGGUCCUGGAAUCCAUUCAUGACCAGGGGAUCAGUCUGGCACCCAAACUGUGCACUUUGUCUAUCAGAAAAACAGGGUCAACGAAUGUCAUCAUCCCUCAAUUAUAAACAUUAUGGAAGCUAAUUCUAAGCUUUACAUAUGUAGACUGACUGGCUACAGAUUGGAUUAGAUUCAGACCGGUGACGCCGUUACACUAUGCAACCAACUGUGACAUGUUUUGCUAUGGCCCUGGGUUGGUUUAAGUUUGUUGCUGCUAGUUAGUACACUGUUGUAGUCAGACAUGAGUUAGCUAGUUAGUACCACCAUAGCUGCAUCCAAUAUUAAUUUGUGCCCUAGACAUGGGUUGCACAUCAGAGGCUAAUGUGACUGUUUAGUCUAAAUUACACUAACUUAGAAUGGCAUGGAAAUACGAUUGCAUUGCUAAAGUAGGCAAAUAAUUAGUAGGAAACAACUUUGCCAUAAGAUGGCAAUGUUGCCAUUACUGUUAGCAAAGUUCAUCAAAAAUAGCUAGCUAGCAAUGCUAACGCUAGCUAGCUUAAAUAUGGUGCUCCCUUCAAUCUUAGUUAGCUGGCUAAAGUUACAGUAUACUGCAUCUAAAGUCAAUCUGGCGACAUUACAAUCAUGAUGAUCGCAAUCAGGAUGUUAUCGUAUUUCCAUGCCAAAUCCGAGUUGUAUUGAGGUAGGCUAACGUUAGCUAGCUUGCUAGUUAGGUAGCUAGCUAGUUGGUAGCUAACUAGCUAACGUCAUCUAUGCUAGCGAUGAUGGUGAUAAUGAUUAUCAAAAUAUACAUAACCAGCAGUCUAUUGUCUAGCUACCAAUAUACUCUCCACCACUGGGGACCAAUGAACUCCAACCACCUAUUCUGCAUGAUAUAGGGUCCUUCGGCAGGGCAUGCAAACCAUAGCUGUUGGCUGUGCAUCCUGCUGGAAGCAUGCAUUGCAUGGUCAAUCUGUAUAGGGCUUUUCAGUCUCAAACGGCCGUGAUCCUCUGAAUGCGUUGGUUGGGGGGGCGAUAAAUCAACCGAGCCCCAUUCAAUAAUGGGAAGCAAAGUGGGCAGAGGGGAAAUUUGCACGUGGAGCUUGGCAUAAUUGUAAUCCAAACCCAACCGACUUUAUGACCAAAAUUAUCAGAUUUACACUUUGUAGUGUAAAUGCCGUUUUCAAAGGGAUUAGUUGUUUUUAGGGGCAGUCACUCUUUAAAGGCAGUCUGGAGAGGUGUGUGUUCUUACUGUAACCGACUGUAACAUCCCCGUCUUCUCUCCUCAGGCUAUGGUGGCCUGUUACCCAGGUAACGGCACGGGGUACAUCCGUCACGUGGACAACCCUAACAGUGACGGCCGCUGCAUCACCUGCAUUUACUAUCUCAACAAGAACUGGGAUGUCAAGGUACAAUGGAACAUUGAGUCUCAUACAUCUAAUAUAGCUGUACUUUACAGUCCCACCAGAUUUUCCCUGUCAGCCCUGGGUUUCGAACCGGCAACCCUCCGGCUACUCGCCUGCCUCGCUAACCUCAAGGCUAUGGAUAAGACACUGUGCAUCUAACAUGAAACCUAUUUGUGUGUGUUGUCAGGUUCAAGGAGGUCUGCUGCAGAUCUAUCCAGAGGGGAAGAGUGUGGUGGCCAACAUAGAACCGCUGUUUGACCGUCUGCUCAUCUUCUGGUCCGACCGCAGGAACCCACACGAGGUUAAGCCAGCCUAUGCUACACGGUGA